AGAGGGAGAGGGAGAGAGAGAAGGAGAGGGAGAGCUGUGCCAUUCAGUGCACAAAACAGCUUGAUGCACAAACGUUUACUGGACUCCCCCAGAUUUUAGACUGUCAAAAACUUUUGAGUAAAAUGUGGACCAUUCCGAAGCCAAAAUACAGAACAGGUUCGUGCGGCGAGGGGGAGAUUGCUGUGAACAUCGGCGGAGUCCGAGUGGUGCUGUACGGGGAGGUCUUGAACCGCUAUCCGUACAGCAGACUGGCGGAGUUGCUGGACUGCUCCACCCAGAAUCAUGAAGGCAUCUCCUCGCUGUGCGACGACUUCGACCCGGGCAGCAACGAGUUUUACUUCGACCGAGAUCCUGACGCCUUCAAGUGCAUAAUCGACGUUUACUACUUCAAUGAAAUCCACAUCAAGCCCGGUAUUUGCCCCAUUUGUUUCAUCAAGGAGAUGGAGUUCUGGAAAAUAGACCAGGCUGUGUUGGACGAGUGCUGUAAAAGCUACCUGAGCGAGAAGGAGGAGGAGCUGACGGAGAUUGCAAACAAAGUAAAAGUGAUUCUGGAGGACCUGGAGCCCGAUCGCUGCGUCACGUGCACCCAGAGGUGCCAGAGGUACCUGUGGAGGCUGAUGGAGAAGCCGGGUUCUUCGCGGCCGGCACGCGUCAUUGCCAUCGCGUCUUUCUUGUCGGUCCUGUUCUCGGCAGUGGUGAUGUGCGUGGGGACCAUCCCGGAGCUGCAGGUGGCGGACGCCGAGGGGAAACUGGUGGAGCACCCGAUCCUGGAGGCGAUCGAGACCGCCUGCAUGUCGUGGUUCACGGCGGAGUACCUGCUGCGUCUCGCCUCCUCUCCGCACAAGCUGCACUUCGUGCUCUCCUUCAUGAACGUCGUAGACUUCAUGUCCAUCGUGCCUUUCUAUGUGGUCCUGUCGCUCACCUAUUUCGGCACCUCGUCCAUGAUGGAGUUGACCAACGUCCAGCAGGCUGUCCAGGCGCUGCGCAUCAUGCGCAUCGCGCGUAUUCUCAAGCUGGCGCGCCACUCCGCUGGGCUGCAGACCCUGACGUUCGCGCUAAAGAGGAGUCUGAAAGAGCUGGGCUUGCUCCUCAUGUACAUGGGCGUGGGGAUCUUCGUGUUCUCGGCGCUGGCCUACACCAUGGAGCAAAGCCACCCGGAGACGCUCUUCAGGAGCAUCCCGCAGUCUUUCUGGUGGGCCAUCAUCACCAUGACCACAGUGGGCUACGGGGACAUUUACCCCAAGACCACGCUCGGCAAGUGCAACGCGGCUGUGAGCUUCCUGUGCGGGGUGAUAGCCAUCGCCUUGCCCAUCCACCCCAUCAUCAACAACUUCGUGGUGUACUACAACAAGCAGAAAGUGCUGGAGACAGCAGCGAAGCACGAGGUGGAGCUAAUGGAGCUGAAGUCGGGGAGGGACGUGCGCAGGAAAAGCAGGGAUUGAGAAGAUUAUACAUUUGAAAUGAGGACAAUGAGACUUUUUAAAAAAAUGUUUAUAUUAUACAUGAUAAAUGGCAUAUUGGGACAGCUCCAUGCAAGGACACGUGCACAUAUGUUGUGUUUAGCUUUGUUGUUUCGGUUAAUUGUGCCAUCCGCUGCUUAUUCCGCAGUGCUGUUAUAUUAUAAGUUCACGCAUGGACUCACUUGUGCACAGAGAAUCAUAUUUAACACUGAGUCACAUUUAACCUCCCGGUAACAUGCACGCUUUCUUGGUUUAACAAUCAUUUGGGCACAAGUCUUAACGGAUUUACAUUGGACCAGGAUGCAUAGCUGCUAUUAUUUAACAGAUGUUAAAUGAAAAAAUAAGAUAAUCCUUUAUUAGCGGGGAAAUUUAUAGGAUUUAGCAGCUAUGUUACAGUACAAACAAGAGUUCAAAAAAGUAUUAUAAGCAGUAAUGAAAACAGCGUUUUUUAUUUGAUUAUGCACAAUUUGAGAGAGAUUAUUAAUUCAUAAUGACUACUUUAAAUCGUGACUGCAAAGUACCAAAAGAACUACAAAGACAUUAAACAGCAGCAAAGGACCAGAAAGGGGCUCACAGGGGAUAUCAAAAGCAGCAAAACAACCAUCAGACAAAGAAUGACUACAAAUAGACUAAAAACAGGCACAAAGUGACUCUAAUGACCACAUAAACUGGAUAAAUGGUAACAACGAGAAACAAACAAAUACCAAAUUAAACAUUUCUACAAAAACCUGUUGUUUGGAAGUUCACAAGAUCACAAGGGCUUCAUUAAUUUAUAGUCCAGGAGAUAUUUAAUCCAACCUGACAUCAAUCACAGGCGACCAUGACGAGGCGUACACAGUGAGAUCCCAUAUCCCUGAGACAUGAACCAAUAUUCUGUUUCAAUAUUUGUCAGAAAGUAAAUAUCCUCUGAACAUUCCAUUCAUGUCAUUAGUUAUUUACAAAACAUACAUCUAUUCAUAUGAUUGCAUGCAUGUGAGACCAUAACCGUUGCUCAAGUGUCACAAAGAUAGAGAAAACCUCAUUGUAGUAGAAAUGUACUCACACAAUAAAACAUUUUUUUAAGAUAAGUAUUAAGAAAUGACAUGAAAGGACAAUAUAGUUACUGUAGUAACUUAACAGUUACCUCAUCACCUCAUCAUAUGUUUGGUGUUUUAUAACGUGUUACUAAAACGGCCAAAUGAACGGAGAGGGGUAAAAAAUGCAUUGAAAAUGAAAAGUACUUAAAAAAAGUAAUGCUACAAAAUUGUACUUCAGUAAAUGUUCCACGGGAAUAAAACUACAUUUGAAAAUUUGCCCCUUUUAGUGAACACCCGGCAUUUAAAGAAGAGUUUCUUCCUGCUCCCUGAGUGGCCUCUCCAAUGUGCCACAAUAAACUAGAUUCUAUCUGAAGAGGGUGAAUGUCUCUGUUGACCCAGCGGAAUGUGUCCGUGUGGGGAAACACGUCUGGGAAGUGGUCCUGUGCAUCGCGUGUGAUCGGAAGUGGUGGCCUGUGAGCAAAAGGCCGUCCCAGCAGUGGGGAACACUUCCAGGAGGGCGCACACGCCCACCUACUCGAGGCUCAGAAACACUCGCCUCCCUUCGCUGUCUCUCCUCCACCCAACCUCCCACCCGCUGCCUCCCUCACACCUCCAGCUCAGAUACGAUGAGCUGUCAGCUCCAACGGCUGACCGAGUGUUUUCAGGGUGCAAAUGCACAGAACUUUGCACUCUGAAAAAGGGGAUAAGAGAGGCUUCAACGACAUCGAAAUGACAAGAUGAAAGAUUUAGGUGAGGACGAAGGGAUGUUGACCGACAUUGGCUUUGACCAAACAUAGCACUCAAUAUGAUAUGCAUCAGCGGCCAUUGAUGACUCUGCUCCGCUGCUGCUGCAGUUACAAGUUGAUUUCAAAUGUUGCUGAUCGCAGUGCGAAACCACUUUAAAAAGAUGCAGCAGUUGCAUGAACACCCAUGCUGCUUUUGCACAAGGUCUCUCUCUCGGUGGGGACUUUCAACUAAACCAAUCAAAGGCGUAGGAACCUCACCAUCGAUACCUGGUAUCUCCCACAGUGCUUUGAUGCUUCAGGAAAGGUCUCUCACGAUCCCACAUCACCAGAGAGCACGUGGCUCCGGAGGAGGAUUGAAUGGUAAAAAGGUUACGAUUGAUAAAUGGUUUAAUGCUGAUAAUUAGUUCUUUCUUUUAAUGAGUUCCCACUGGUGGUAUAGCAGCUGUGUGGGCUUGUGCAUGGGGAGGUAAGCCUUGAGAUGGAACCGAGUCUUUUCUUGCGGGUUUUGCCUGUGAUCACAGUGUGAAGUAACAACAAAAAUUGAAAAAAGACUCAAUAUGUAAAGUUUUGAUGUGGUGUGGGUUGAGAUUUAAAGAGAGGGACAAAUAGAGCUGUCCAAAGAAUCUAUUAGUGGCAAUCAGGGGUGAAAAAAUAGGUGGAUAGCGUCAUUGUUCUCUCAUCAUUUGCUGCUUACACAAACUUUUCAGGCCUUACAUAACAUACGGUCAGAUCUAUAGACGCAUCCAAAGUUAACGUGUUAACCAGAGAUUAUCAGAGCUUUAAAAGGUAAUUCUUCUUCACUUUGUUAAUUUCAUAGUUUACCUUUGUAGGGAUUGCAGGGAGGUCGCUAUCAUUUACUGGGAGCCUAGUCGAAGUGAGAGUCCAUGCAGUCUGCUGGGUGUGUCAGUUGUUAUUUAUUAUUACUAAAUGUGUGUAAACUCUCAAUAGCCUAGAAUUGAACAACACAUGCUUUUGUUAAAAGGAAUAUAUUUUUGUGAUUUAUGAUCAAAAACCAUUAAUGAGAUAGAGCACAUCAUUUCUCUGACUCAUUCCUUAGUUCUGUGAUUUUACUACAUCAUUAACAGAGAUUAAAAAAAACAAGCACACAUUUUGGUCAUGCACAAUACAGGGUUGGAGGUAUUUAUAACACCUGUAUUACAGAUGGUGAUUUGCUGGUGUUGUUACGCUGAGUGCCCAACAAGUCAGCCAAUGCAGUUAAAGCAAACUAUAGAUAGCACGAGCAACCUGAUGGUCACCUCGGAGACCCAGAACACCUUCUGCUCAGGGCGCCAAAAACACUUCAUCGGGAAUUCCGGGGACAGAAGACAGGGAGGACACAAAUUAAGACUCGCAGAUUUCCAAAAAACAAAAUUACUAUAUUUAGGUAGAAAACAUAAAAAGAUGAUUCCCUUCAUGCAUAGCUUUUCUUUCCCUCUUAAAAAAAGGGAAUGUCCCUCACCAGCCAUGGUCUUCUGUUGUCAUGGCUCCAGUCUUUAAAUAACUGUCUCGCUCUCAUUAUUCUGCUUCGACGAAAAAGCCUUUUCCUUUUAGGCUGGACUCCCACAUUGAAUGCACUCUGCUCCGUUCAUUGCAAUAUGUUUAAUAGGGCAACAGGGUGUCUCUUUCUAAAUCUUAUGCAUGUCAGAGGAAUGAAUCAUUACAGAUAUUUUGAGGUCAUUCAGAGUUGGACAUGAGAAAUAGGGAGGGAGAUAAAUUACUUGAAAUCUGAUUCAUGUAAUACGAUUCCAUCCACUUGGCCGUGUAUCAAGCUUGAUUACAACAUGCAGAACAAACACCUAUUUAACGCUUGCAUUUAAAUUAUCAUCAGUAAUGUAAAUGACUGAGUCAGUGCAACACUUUCAUGGUUAAUAAGCAACCACAGUAUCUGGUGUGGUGUGUGGUGAAGGUUUUGCAUGUAAAUGUGUAUCUGAUACAUUUCAUAAGCUCUUCUAUGGCAUGAAAUAGAUGUCUCGAUUUUUAUUGGUUUAUUUGUGACAGUUAAAAAGUUACAAAUAAGGAGCUGAAAACAUCACACUGGUGCCACUGGUAUUGACCGAGAUGUGAUUUCACUGAUGGAUUUGCCUACUUGUGGGAUGAGUCACAGUAGUGCGGCCCACUCCUGUUACUGCAAGAUCUCUCCCUCUCUGGUUUAAUGGAAUGCCACGGCUCCAUCAUGUUAGGUGCUGCCCCUCUCAGCUUUUAAAAAUCUUUUAUUGAAGGGUUGUUUAUUGAAAAGAACAGCAUUUCAUCAGGGUACACUUGAAGAAAUCUCAGCUGGAGUCCAACACUUUGGUGUUGUUACUUUGCGAUUGAACAGUUUUCCUAAAAAAGAGAAAUUAUUGAUCUGAAAAAUAAUCUGUAAGAGCAACAGGAUUGUGACCUUUCAGACAUCGGUUUUUCCUCAGUCUGCUGGUCUGAUGUGAGGGAGCACUGAGCCUUGUUCGCUCAAUGAUUGUGCUGCACUCUUACACGACCCCCACUCGCUCACAGCUGGCUACUCCGUCUCGGCUUUAAAGCAGCUUUCCUCUUUCAGAGAUUUGUUUGAAAACUGCCAAUGUUGUGAGACUCUCUUGUUCAAUAAUACAUCUCGGAUCUCAGGUCCAGCACUUCUGGUCCUUAAAUGUAGUGUAGGCGAGUACAUAGAUGCCUGUAAGUGAGGGAGCUAUAUAUGAAUACAUACAUUUAGUUUACAGCAAUUUACUUGUAUUAUAUGAAAGUUGGAUCAAGAGGAAGCUAGUUAUGAACUAACGUGUCUUGCAUGUCUAGGAUGGGGUCUUUUAAGAAAGAGGAUGCAUUUAUAAUUUCAACAGCUAAAAUCAUCAACUUUAGGGCAUAUCAAAAAACGAUAUUAGUCUGGUAAAGCAAAAAAACCGGCAAUCUAUCUUUGGUGAUUGUUGAUCCCAGUUGCAGGACUACUUGAUGGGAUGCCUUUAGACUUUUUAUAGCAAAACUCUAAAGUGAUGACUGUGCUGUAAACCCCCUAAAAUUCACUGCAGCAUUUGAAUAAACCCCGUGCUAGAUUCUCACUGUAAAAUGUAAUUUAAGCUGAAGGACCUGCUGAAUUUGUUUACCACUAAAUGCCCAUUACGAAUCUCUAAUAAAGUUAUGGUUUGAAAAAGCAAUGUUUCCUUUGUUUGUCAAUGUUUCCUUGACAAACCAA